AUGAGAUAUCUGAUCAACGGUCUGCUCGCCGGCAAUGGCACGGGAACAAAGACAAUAUCAACCAUUAUACCUUCAACGGAGGGCAACACAGCUGUUCACCGCACUACCGCCAACGCACAGUUCCGUCAACUUGUCCACGAAAUGCAAAAUGGCGGAGUCUCCGUCGCACUUGCCGAUAUGGGUCCGGGGACUUUCACAGAGGCCUCAAAAUUACCAUCAUAUCACAGUGCAUCUACGCACGCCGCAGCAGGACCGGUCAUCGUAUCGAUGCAGGAAGUCAUUGGCACAGCAGAGGAAAUUGACACGAAAAUGUGGAAGCGACAGAUUCUGUUCUUCCUUUCGGCCUUCCUCUCCUUCAUUCUUAUCGGCGGUGAGGUCAUCGGUGCGAUUAACGGGCUUGCUAGUAUCGGGUGGUUUGUCGCCCUGGCUGAUGAAGCCAGUAUUGUGGGUAUGGGUCUUUAUUCUGUUGUCAAUGAUCCUUCCUCCGCGCCAUUUCUCAUUUUUGGCUAUGUUCUCAGCGCAGAUGCGCGUACGGAUGCUGUCAAAGUCAAUAAGGCUGCGUAA